AUGUCGCCAGAGCCAGAAACGACGGCCAUCGCGCCACCAACAGAACCAGCACCAGCACUAGAGCCAACCACUGCCAUGGACAUUACCCCUGCCGUAGCCACGACUAUAAUUGCACCUGCCACGAAUGCACCGGCAUCAACCACAACAACAAUUGCCACGCCAACUGUACCUAUCAUCGACCGCGAGAAGAUGUUCUACAAACAGGGCGAGCACCACAGAGUGGACCAAUACAAACCAACAUCCCUGCCCCCUAAAUCCUCAGAACUCCAACUCUACACAUGGAAGAACGCCACCAUGGGCGAGAUUGCUACGCUAGUCCAACAGGCUAUCCCCGACCUCCUCCUCGAUAACCCCGGUGCCGCAGAAACAGGAGGCGAAUUGCAUUUCCGACAUAUUUAUUUGGAUAUGACGAGAGGCCUUUAUGUCGGGAGGGAUAUUGGGACAGUGUUGCUUGUUGAUACUUUGGUCCCGGAGGAUGUUGUCGAAGCUUCAGCAGGAACGGGAGCAGCGGAAGUGGGAGAUGUGAAGAUGGAUAUUGAGGGGGAGGAGGGGGAGAAGGGAGAAGGAGCAGGACCAGGAGAUGGGCUGUUCACGAAGGAUAUUCGCAAGAGCAAGGAUUCUGCCGCCGCUGCGGCUUCUGCUCUUGUAACAGCCAUCACAGCAGCAACAGCACAAGCAACAGCGACGGCGGCUGCUGGAAAGAAAUCGACAGCAUUGGAAAAGACAUUGAGCUCGAUCCGGUUUGUGAUCGGUGACUAUCUUGACAUUUCGAUUGUCGAUAGGAGUGCAGUAAGACCUGCACCUGCAGGUGCUGGUGCAGGACGAGAACAUGCCCUGUUUACGGGACGUCAGGGACGGAAUCAAGGAGGAGGAGGAGGUGGUGGUGGUGGACCAAUUAGGAGAGGUGGAGAUGAUAGACGACGGGAUCGACGUCGUAGGGAUGGAAGAUUAGGCGGUGGUGGUGGCGGUGGUGGAGGAGGAGGAAUGAUGGCGGAUCGGUUUGCGGGACGACUUGGGUUGAAGGAGCCUUUGGAGCGAAAUGGACAUGGUGGUCAUGGAGGCGGACGGAGGGGGUUGGCGGAUAGUGAGGCAAGCUGGAAGGGUCGUGGCCGUGGCCGAUAA